AUUAAUUCUGAAUUCUUUCCUUCUUGUGUACAAUUUGCAGAAGAUCGGCAGGAACAGGUAUUUUUACAAUCAUCAAUUAAGAGUUGUUCUAAAAUUGAGACUUUACAUGACGACAAAGAGUCCAAGAGGACAACGAAAUCAAAUUGGGGUCAGCUAAAUGCUGAAGGCAUUCAAAAGAAAACAAUGUAAAAGCAGGAAACAGAGAUGUAUAUUCAGAUAACUAGUGUUGACUUUGACACGUUGCUUUAUUAAACUGUUAGAAAGCAAAUAGAAAAUGGGACUAGCAUUUAAUGUUUUCUUCGUCACUUUCAUAAUUAUUGGUACAUCUGCUAUUUUUACAGAAGCCAAACAAUCUUCUCACUGUCUUCGUGGAAUCACAGUUAAAGAUAUACUCAUGCUUGCUGGAAUCAAGGGAGCGGAUUUACUCUCCUACGUCGCCAAAAUGAAGACAGAAAAUAUUGACGAAACUGUCCUCUCAAGUCUAACGUAUAAACAACUUGGUAACAUUGGAAUAUCAAAGAUUGGAGAUCGUCACAAGUUGCACAAAUUCCUUUCAAAGGAUGGAAAUGACUGCAACAACUCCGUGUGUAAAAACAAUGGUAUUUGCCGAGAUGGUUUUCGAUGUUUUUCAUGCAUUUGUGAUCCAACAAGUGGGUAUUAUGGUCUGACUUGCCAACUAAAAUGUCCAUGUUUAAAUGGAGGUGUUUGCAAGACAGUUCCUACAGGUUUCAAAUGUGUCUGCCCGCCUGGCUACUCUGGCAAUCUAUGUAAGGUGAAAUAUUUAACUGAAGAAAGAUUUCUUCAACUGGAGAAUUCCGUGAAUCAGUUAAGCUUAAAGUUGAAACAAACCGAAUCUCAGCGCAAUAAUAGAGGAUUAUGGACAUUACGACGAACAAAUGAGAUUUUGAAUCAACUGGAGAAGAUACAACUGCAUGGGGCAACUCCAACCUACACGCAGGCAAUUCCAAUAGUUCUUCCCCAAAACACUCGAGCCAUCAUUAUUUCCGUUUUCUGCAACUUCUGGAACAGCAAAGGACAUGCGUACUUAAACUAUGUAACUCAUCAAAAAGGAAAUGACGACAGUUCUGCGAAAGCUGAAGGCUACAACACGCAUUACAAUGUCUACGCAAACACAUUCUUGUAUGAACAAAUGAUUCCCUGGAACACCACUCUCCCAAAUGAUUUGAUCUUCAAAGUAACUAGCUCUGCUCAUACAGGUGGAGCUAAUAAUUGGUAUCGCGUUCGUUUGGUUGGUUAUGUGACUGAUUAACUGAGUCUGACAUAUGAACGAAAUAAGUUUUUAAGAGAUACGAAAAAACUUCAGCAUCAGUUAGUGAAAAUAGCAGCUUCAAUUAAAAAAUAAAAGCAGCAAUUUGUGAGUAAAUAAAACGCUUUGUAACCAGUUGA